GGCUUUAACGGAAAAAUAACGAAAAAACUUAACAUGGCUUGGGCUUUAUCUAAAAAUAAGAUAUGUUAAUCCAUUUAUUAAAACUGUAAUACUAACUUAGUACUGCCUCAAAAAAAAAAACAAUGAGGUUUUCUGUUGGACCUCAUCAGUCUCAAAAUGGACCGCCUUUUAAAGGCAACAGGUGCUUCUACAAUUGCCAAUGCAUAUGUUGCCGUCAGGGAUGUUGUGUUGUUUUUAUUGACAGCUGCUGUUGUUGCUUUAACUUCAAUAGUUGUAAUUGUUAUGGAGGUAGAACAAAACUAUCCCAUACUCAGCAGCUUGCUAGUAUAAAAGUUCCUGGAACUAAGUCCUUUGGAUUUUCAAACCUAAUGGCAAUAUUUUUAGUGCUUGUGCGUUGGGUAACAGCACUAACCACGCUUUUAUCUAGCUGCAUCCUACUUGAUAGUGGUGCCGGGCUUAGUCCCUCUGGAAUUUCAGGAGAAAGGCGGCCAAGUAACAAAACUAUUUCCGUUGCCAUUUCUAAUGCUGCUACUGCCAAUAACAAUUCGAUUUUUAAGCUCAGAUCCCUUCAUUCGUGGUACAGUUUAUGCGAACUGACCAAUGAUGAACAGCUAAAAUCAAAAAAUUUUCAUAAGAUGUUUUGCAACAAUCGUAACAUAAGACGACAGCGAAGAAGAAAAAGACGUCGGCGCCGCAGACGAAGAAGGUAUACUAAAACUGUUUUUAAUAAGCAGCUUAACAUACAACGACAUCAAAAGCUGCAAGAAAAACUUCAUAUUGAACAUGUGGAACUACAGCAUGAUACAAUUUUUCAACAACGACUAAGUUUUGGCGAAGCAACAUGCUCAACGUUUAAAAUAUUCAAAGUAAAUUACAAAUUAGUAUCGGGGGUCAGGCAACUUUACGUUCCAACAACAAAAGCCGUAAAAGUAUCGCCUUUAAAGUAUUUUUUAUCGACAAAUAUUUCAAUGCGUAGCUGUUCCAAAAACAAACGAAACCGGUGCAAUCUGAUCUGGUUGCUAAUCGGUCUUGUUUGGUUUGAGAUUAAACUUAUUAACUGUAACGGAAUUAGCUCCAGCAACUACUUUGUUUCCAAUUCGGUGAAUCAUAAGGGUUGUGCUUUUUGCCAUGAAGGAGGAAAAACCCAUAUUUACAACAAUAAAGAUAAUGCACCCACAGAAUACAACAUCUACAAUAAAUACAAUAACAACAACAAUUUCUACAAAAAAACGAAUAAACAACAUUAUAACAUUUCACCGGGAGAUUUAAUUCGUUUGGAGUCCAUUAAACGGCAAAUUUUAACAAAGCUUGGACUUACCCAUAAGCCAAAUGUAUCUAACCCCCUUCCAAAACAAUUUAUUUGGGAAACAAUAUAUCGAGCAGAUGGUGAUCGGAUUAUCAACAACGCUUUCGAGAAUAUUAAUAGCAAAUUUCGUCAAAAGAGUUCAAGAUUAAAUGAAAAUGAUGGAACAUCACAGCAUGCUUCCAUCAGUCGGUUCCUGUUUAUUAAUUCAUUAAACUCUAAUAAAAGCAAUAGAUACGAGAAAUCCCUGGAAAAUUAUAGAUCAUUUAGACAAGGGCAUCAGGGCGAAGAAUUCGAAACAAAAAAAAUAUUUAAUAAAAGUUGGUCACAUCGUCCAUGGCAAAUGAGUACUCAUAUUUGGUCUCAAUCUGCGAAACAUCAUUCAAGUCUUUCUUCUAAAGUUCUACAAAGAUCUGGCGAAAGUAGUGCCAGCAAGAGUUUUAAUGACAUCAGCAUUACGAAAAGCAAUGCUAGUCCGUUUAGUAAAUCCACAUAUCUGAUAAAUAUAAAUCCUAGUAGUGAUAGUAGCGACAGUAUUCACGAGAAAAAUGAUGCAGUCAAGCCCAAUGAUCAUGAGUAUUUUAACGAUUACAGUGUUCAAAGCCCCUACAAAAAUCAAGAUCCGGAAACAACAAAGAGCGGAUAUUAUCGAACGAAUACCAAUAUUUUUAGUUCCAAUAUGAAUAUGGAAAAACUAAAACAGCGUUAUAGUUCGGCGGAGUUUAAUGAUCAUGAAAAUUUUGAACAAGAAGACUUCUUUGGAAAUACUCAGGAAAUAAUUACGUUUGCUGAAACAGGUGCGCAAUAUCGACAAUACCGGAUAUUUGAGUUUUCUCCUCAAAAUCGUCGCGUUCCAAACCAAAAAUUGACUAUACGAAGUGCACAAAUCCACAUACGUAUAGAAAAGCCGCAAAAUUAUUGGCUUGCGAAAGUAAAACCCAAUUUAUAUACAGACAAUUUACUUUCAGGAAAUACAAAAUGGAGAAAAAAAAAGACACGCCAUAAAAUAAAAAUUUGGAUUUUUCAAUUAGCAGAAGGGAUAAAUAUCACUGAAAAGGGAAUUGACCAUUCUAUUACAUUCCGAGCUUCUUUUGAAGUUAACACAAAAUUGUUAGGAUGGAAAAAAUUUGAUUUAACAAAAACAAUACGGGAGUGGUAUACACAAAGUAAAAAUGAAAAACUACGAUUGCUUAUUGAUUGCACGGGCUGUGGUGACCGCUACUCAAUACACUCAUUUCAACCCGCGGAUCUUAAUAACACACGUUAUUCUAAUAGCAACCGACCAUUUCUUGUUCUCCAUACGGAAUCUCUAAAGAAAAGACGAAUUAGAAGGCGUGCAGUGGACUGUGGAGGCGCUUCAAAUGGACAAUGCUGUAAGGAGUCAUUUUAUGUAUCUUUUAAAGCCCUUGGCUGGGAUGAUUGGAUUAUUGCCCCUAGGGGAUACUUCGCAAACUAUUGUAGAGGUGAUUGCACAGGAUCGUUUAGGACACCUGAUACAUUUCAAACAUUCCACGCACACUUUAUAGAGGAGUAUAGAAAAAUGGGACUGCUAAAUGGAAUGCGACCAUGUUGUGCGCCAAUCAAAUUCUCUAGCAUGUCCCUAAUUUAUUAUGGAGAUGAUGGAAUUAUAAAACGAGACUUGCCUAAAAUGGUCGUUGAUGAGUGUGGUUGUCCUUAGCCUUCGGUACUUCUUCGUAUUAUAACAUUUUUUCCGUCCGGUAAAAACUAAGCUUUGUAUAGGUUUGGCAAGGAUAAUUGUACAUACAUUUAUCCCGAUUUCAAUUCACCAUAAGUGCUAAGCUGAUGACAAUAUUAGUAUGUGUACCAAACCAAAAUAUGAAAGUGCCUAAAUAAAAAUACUCUUUUAAAACUUCUUAA